AGUGUUCACUCUCCAUAGCAAUGGCAGGAGCUGGUGCAGGCAUGGACGGUGCUUUCUACUACGGUGGGGGCGGUGGCUUCGACGAUGAGCCCGCCUUAGACCAGAACCUCCUCCCUGCUAACGAAGGCCAAGCACGAGCCGGGUUCAAGAAAUUCGUGAAGGAGUUCAGGCAAGGACAGAAAUUCGUCUACAGAGAUCAGCUUAUCGACAAUUGGAGUCGCGGCGUGUAUUCGAUGACCCUAUCUGUUCACCAUCUUGAUCAAUUCGCCCCUGCCCUUGGUCACGCCCUGAGGACCCAGCCGCAAAGAUUCAUGAGCUCUUAUGAGCAGGCCAUGCAAGACGUUUUCAUCGAACUGAGCGGUCUGCCGGAGCCCGUUGAUGGGGGACAGGUCCAAGUGGACGACCAAGGCUUCCGUCGAGGCAUGCCUACAUUCCAGCUCAAGCUGGCCUCUUGGGAGAAUCCAAAGUUGAUUCGUGAACUGCAGAGCGAGCAUGUCGAGAGGCUCGUAGUGAUUCCGGGAAUAAUCGUGCAGGCGUCCAUCAAAGUCCACAAGGCGUUCAAGCUGCGCAUACGUUGCAAGAAGUGUGGUCACUCCCGCACACUGGAUUUGAAGGCAACGAGUCGCAGCAAAACAGCGAUCCCAAGAAGGUGUGCUCGAGAGCUUUCGGCCGGCCCCGAUGGUGAAAAAUGCGGCCUGGACCCGUAUAUCAUAGUAUCGGAACAAUGCCAAUACCAAGACACCCAGACGCUGAAGAUUCAGGAGCUGCCGGAGGACGUACCAACAGGAGAAAUGCCACGGAGCAUACCAGUGCACUGCACUCGCUACCUUACUGAUACCGUUACUGCUGGCAGCAGAGUGUCGGUCGUGGGAGUGUUUAGUACAGAGGAUAGGAACGGCGACAAGAAGAAGGACAACGACGGCAGCGUCAAAGUGUGCUACGUUCAGGCUCUUGGGUUCAUGCCUCAUGGAGACGUAACUGGUCGAGGCGGGGCGUCAGGGAAUACACUGAGGCUCUCCCCGGCAGACGAGGAGCGGUUCACUGAGUUGGCUAAAGACCCUGAAAUUAAGGAGAAAAUAUUCGCGUCGGUGGCCCCUGCAAUCAGAGGCAGUGUUAAGGACUGUAUCAGCGACUUGAAGAUCGCUAUUGCUUGCUUGUUGUUUGGGGGCGCACAGAAGACCCUUCAAGAUGGUACUCGAUUGAGAGGAGAUAUUAAUGUGCUCAUGCUCGGUGAUCCUGGUACGGCGAAGUCGCAGUUCCUGAAGUUCACAGAACAAGUCGCCCCGAUAGCUGUAUACACGAGUGGGAAGGGCUCGAGUGCUGCUGGUCUCACUGCGGCUAUCAUACGAGACGCUGAUGGGCGCUUUGCCCUAGAGGGCGGCGCUAUGGUCCUUGCUGACGGUGGAGUGGUAUGUAUCGAUGAGUUCGAUAAGAUGCGGCCCGACGAUCGUGUGGCGAUCCAUGAAGCUAUGGAGCAACAGACUAUCUCUAUUGCCAAGGCCGGCAUCACCACAAUUCUCAACACUCGAUGCUCGGUCUUGGCGGCGGCCAACCCACUGUUCGGGCAGUGGAUGGACGUCGCUGAUGCGGCUGAGCAGAUGGAUUUCGCGACCACUAUACUGAGUCGAUUCGAUCUCAUAUUCCUGGUCAAGGACGUCAAGGAUGAAGAGAGGGACUUGGCGAUCGCCAAGCAUGUGUUCGAGGAGGAGGAAGAAGUAACUGAUGCCCCGAUCAAAGUUCAAGACCUUAAGAAAUACAUAGCAUUCGCCAGGCACAGGUGCUCACCCAAGCUCACCCCGGAGGCGGCUAAUGUGUUGCAGAACCACUACAUUCAGGUUAGACAAGGCGUGUCGAAGGAGCGCCGUGAGGGUCAUAGUACAAUCCCUAUCACCGUCAGACAGCUUGAGGCGAUCACCCGUAUUUCUGAGGCGUUCGCGAAGAUGAGCUUGUCGGAGUGGGUGCAAGUGAGUCACGUUGAAGAUGCGGUGAGGCUGUUCACCCUGGCUACUCUCGAUGCCGCCAAUCGCAACCAAAUGGGAGGAGGCGCUCUGACUGACGAGGAUCGUCAGAAAGUGUAUCAGGUGGAGGAUGCUAUCAAGCGCAGGUUACAGAUCAGAGGUCGCAGGCCUAAGACGGCUUUGCACAGAGAACUGGAGAAGGACUUUGAGCCCAAACACGUGCAGCAAGCUAUCAGUGAGUUCGGUUGGGGUGCUGCCUGGCAAUCUGUGUCCUUUCAGAAACCUUGCUACUCCGUCAAGUUCUGGAAGAACAAGGACACGCCUAUGUACGACGUUCUUGAGACUAUGCAUGGGGUUUCGAGUAAAUUCAUGAGCAUUUGCAGUGAAAGUUUUUGUGUUUGA